AUGACUAUUCUACUGCUUGGCGGCCGAGGAAAGACUGCUAGUCGCAUCUCCUCACUCAUCCACGAUGCUCAUCUUCCUUUUCUUGUAGCAUCUCGCUCAACCAAUCCAAACAGCCCCUAUCAACAAGCAGCCUUUGACUGGACCAAAGCCGAUACCUAUGAGAAUCCCUUCACCAAAGCGUCUGCUGAAGGCAUGGCGCCAAUCUCAGAGGUGUAUCUUGUUCCGCCUCCAAUUUUCGACCUAGCCCCGCCUAUGAUCCGUUUUGUGGACUUUGCUCGGAAACGAAAUGUGAAGAAAUUCGUGCUUCUCAGUGCGAGCACCAUUGAGAAAGGAGGGCCGGCGAUGGGACAAGUUCAUGAGUAUCUUGACUCACUGAAAAACGUAGAGUAUACUGUCUUAAGGCCAACGUGGUUCAUGGAAAACUUCUCUGAUGCCCACGAACUCCAGACAAUUUCAAUUAAAAAUGAAAGCAAGAUCUAUUCCGCUACCGGAGAUGGGAAGAUCCCGUUUGUGUCGGCGGAUGAUAUUGCUCGGGUAGCAUUCCGUGCCUUGACAGACCAAACAUCUCGCAACACUGAUCACAUCAUCCUAGGGCCCGAACUACUUACCUAUGACAAUGUCGCGACGGUUCUCACGUCCGUUCUCCGUAGAAAGAUUACCCAUGUAAAUCUUUCCAAGGGAGAAUUAGUCAAAAGAUUGGAGUCCACGGGUAUGCCUACUGAAGAUGCAGAGAUGCUAGCUGAAAUGGAUAUUGCAAUCAAGAACGGGGCGGAGGAUAGACUGAAUCAUGUUGUGGAAGAGGUGACAGGAACUCUCCCACUGAGCUUCCGAGAUUUUGCUGUCCGUGAGAAGGAAGUCUGGUUGUAG